AUGACGCGCGAAGCGCCGCUCACGAUGAGCGACCAGCUCCUCCUCGCGCAAAUUGUAUAUCAGGAUGGACAGGAUCCACCCAACUGGGCGAUCGUGUCCAAGAAUAUGCUUGCUCAUCCGUGCAUCUGUGACCCUGUACGCGUUCAAGCAGCCGAGGCUGCAGGUACGGCCUUGUCUGUGGCAUGGAACGUGGAUGCAUGCGAAAAACAAUGGAUGGAUCUGCGGAAAAAAUACCUAGCUGAUGACUAUGAACGUACAGACCGUGCAGCUCAACUUGCUCUAGCACAACGGUUGUUUGCUGCACGGCUGGAGGAAUUGCAGUCAGAGCUGAGAGCAGUGCAAUCGGAAUUCACAGCACAGCAGGCAAAGAUAGAAAAGUUACGCGCUGGUGGCUUCGAUACCGAUUUGGCGGCUGAGUUAGAAGAGUUGGAGGCCGCAGCUGCGAAGCAACGGGCUGCAGAGGCAGAGGCCGUUGCAUCUCAGCAUGAGUCGAAAGCAAAGGAAGAGGAAGCAGAGGUGGUAUCCAAGAAGGACACCUCUGAUGCUGCUAACAUGGCAGUGGCGCCUUCGAAAGAAGGCCAUGCUGACACAGAAACUACUGCUACCGUGCCUGACCGAAAGCGGCGAGGUUCGCGUGGCUCGAUGGCGGCAGAAGUACCAGAACAUGCCGAUGCAACGGAAAGAGAACGCGCUCCGAAGCGAGCCAAGGCAGACGAGGCACCGGAUGAUGCGGACGACUUGCAAGUGGAACAGGAUUUGCUGGGCGAAUCUGUGGAAUCGAUUCGCACAAGAACAUCGACACCAGCGGAUGAGGAACGUCCCACGCGUGCCUCUGCGACAACGACAUACAGUGGCCGGCAACGCCUUUCUCGUAUGCGGGCAUCGCGAGAGGAGGCGGUGUCCGCAACGCCGUCGCCGCCCACGUCUCCGCCUGCACGAGCUACUCGGUCCCAACAGAAAAAUGUUCAAGAGACGACGGAGGACGAGAAUAGCACGGCUUCUGAUGUUGAGCGUGAUAAGAGUCGUAAACGUAUGGCUCAAUUGUUAUUGCUGCUUCACAACCAAGUUUCGAAUCAUACGCAUGCGAAUCUCUUCCAUCAAGCCAUUAAGGAGGUGGAUGCACCUGACUACUACACACUCAUCAAGCAGCCUAUGGAUUUAAAGAUCAUCAAGCAACGUAUCAAGGAAGGCACCAUUGCCUCUUCGUUGGAUUUACGAUGGGCGUUGUCGUUGAUGUUUGCCAAUGCGCUCAUGUACAAUAAUCCCGGUACGGAGGUGCACCGUAUGGCCAACGAGAUGCGCAUGGCUACAGAAGAGAUUCUGGACGAGUUUGACCGUACGCCGUUAGGGACAUAG